GUAAUUAGCGAUUCCAUGAAGUAAUCUUAAGUUAAGGAGUACAAGAGUGCCAUCAAGUUAACUUUAUCAAGAACAAGAAAUUGUAUACUUUAAGAGAAUUAAAAGAUUCGAGAGACUCUUUAUUAAGAAGAAAAGAGAAGGAAAGAAAAGAAGGAGGAAGCCAAAAAGUUAGAUGAAAUGAAAUCACAACAAUUUUAUAAGGAAAGAGUUUCUUAUGAAAAAAUGAUCGAAGAGAAGUUAAAGAAAUCUAGAGAAAAGCUUUUAUAAGAUGAGUAGAUGUUACAAAGUCGUUUAUAAGUAUGAAUUAGUUUAUAAUACUUAUAGGAAACUUAAAAUUUGCUAAGUAAAUCUUAAAAGAAAUUCAUGGAACUUCAGUCACAAAGUGUACACAGCAAAAGAUGA